AUGGCAAAGAAGACUCGCGGCGAAGGAGGUGAGAAGCACGGAGGCGCGGAGAAGAACGGACGCAGCAGAAGCAAGCGUCGCGGAAACUACAACAAGGACGAAAACUCCAACUCGGACACCGAUUCGGUGCUCAAUGACACCGCCUCGGUCGGCUCGGGCUACAGCAGCGCCGAGCUGCGUCGAGCGAAUGCUGAAGCAAAUCAGGAAAACGGGGGCGCUGAAAAUGGCGAUUUUGUACUUAUUAAAACUAUAACACCCCUUUCCACCUUCUUUACCCAAAUCAGCAAAAUCACCGUCCAGGACAUUCUGGAGCACGGGCUGAAGCGGGCGGACGACGAGGCGGGCGCCGCCGCCGUCAUCCUCAGCCUGGUGCUCAUUACCCUCGGCAGCACCGACUACUGCGACGAACUGUACCGGGAGCUCUUUCCCACCCUCGACCGUCUCUUCAUGGACACCAAGGCGAAGCCUCAUGUGCGGGCCAAGUGCGCCACCGCUCUCAGCCUGGGCUGCUUCAUCACCGACAGCGGCCUGGAGAAGAGCCGUCAGGUCCUGGGCCAGCUGCUCGCAGUCGGCUUCACCACCGUCAAGGGCCACCCUGACCCCGGCCAGCUGACGGCCAUCGCCCACCUUCGGGCCGCCUGUCUGGACAACUUCAGCUUCCUCGUUUCGGUGGAGGCGGACGACUACCUGGUGGACGCCCUGGAGGAGAACAUCGACCAGCUGGCCGGUUGCCUCGAUUCGCCCUAUCUGGGGCUUCGGGUGGCCGCCGGCGAGGCGAUCGCCCUGCUGGUGGAGCGGGCCCGGGCCGCUGUGGAUGAGGAGGAAGAUGGUAACAGUCAAGAUAAUUUCUACCUGGCUCACUUCGAUGAGAUCUGCGCCAAGCUGCAGUCGCUGGCCACCGACAGCCAGAAGUCAAAGUCGAAGAAGGAGCUGCGCGAGCAGCGACUCAACUUCCGCCAGAUUCUCAAGACGGUCGAGGGAGAGAGGUACGGCGAGGAGACGGUCAAGGUCGGCCACCAGGAGCGGGUGCUGAUCGGCUGCUGGCAGAGUCGCCGCUACUACGACACCUUCUGCAGCGUCCUCGGCUCCGGCAUGAGCCUCCACCUGACGCAGAAUGUCCUGCUGCGAGAUAUCUUCGACAUGGGCGCCGUGGCGCCUGAGCUA